GUACAUGUAUGUACUUGAGGAGCGGUGAACCGCGAGAUCUUUCGCUGACAACUAGGAUCCAUUGAGGCUGGACGUCUGUAAGCUUGCCCGUGAUGCGUAUGGCUCUUUCUCGUUGAGUCCGCUCGAGCUCCAAAAUGCGGAUCCAGAACGCGCUGCUCGUCGGCAUCACGGGCUUCUGUCACUUUGGACCGGGCCCGGCUUCCGCACGUGGGCUGGAGAAAUCAAGGGGCACGCAGCACUCUUUCAUACUCCAUGAGAGGCACGACCAGGGCCACCUUGAGGGUUGGGUUAAACGCGGAAAUGCAGACUCUGACUCUAUGUUACCCAUGCGGAUCGGGCUAAGACAGUCUAACUUGGAGGCUGGUCAUGAUCUGCUAAUGGAUAUAUCGAACCCCCAAUCUCCAAACUAUGGGAAACACCUCUCCCGGGAUGAGGUUAUCGAGUUCUUUGCGCCACAGAACCACUCUGUGGAACAGGUCAAACGCUGGUUGCUGUCAGCAGGAAUUCAUGAGGGGAGACUCUCACAGUCAGAAAACAAGCAGUGGAUUCAGUUUGACGCACCGGUAAAGGAGGUCGAGGGGUUACUCCUUACAAAAUACCACGUCUUCGAGCACCUCGAGACAGGGGUCCAAAACGUCGCCUGUUCAGAGUAUCAUGUGCCACGUCACCUGUCCAAACACAUUGACUAUAUUACACCCGGCAUCAGGCUCAGUACUGGGCACUACGACGACAGAGUGACAAAACGUAUGCAGGUCGAUCGACGAGAUAGGAAAUGGGAGUGGCCCGAGCGAGGAGGAAACGGAAAGGGAAACGGGAAGGGGAAUGAGAAGCCAAAGCCACCGCAGCAGGACUCAGAGCAAGAAGAGGAGAGCCACUUCAGGGUGACAGGGCCGUGCAACGAGGAGGUGACGGCUCAUUGCAUCAGAGCGCAGUAUCGAAUUCCCGAAGGCCGCAGGGCGAGAUGGGGAAACGAGUUGGGAGUAUUCCAGAGUCUCAGUCAGCAUUACAGCCAGGAAGAUCUGGAUACAUACUGGAAGUACAUCUCACCAUGGGUCCCCAAGGGCACGCACCCAGAGCUGCGCUCCAUCAACGGCGCCUACGGCCCGACAAACGACACGGCGCUCGCCGGGGAGGAAGCCAACCUGGACUUCCAGGUGGCCAUUCCCCUGAUAUGGCCUCAGAAAACCGUCCUCUUCCAGACCGACGACGAGUGGUACCAGCAGGACCAGACCCGGCCGGAUACCCGCUACACCGGCUUCUUUAACACCUUCUUCGACGGCCUCGACGGCUCCUACUGUUCCCUAACCGCCUUCAACCAAACAGGCAACUGCCUCGACCCGUCCUGCCGCGACCCCGAGUAUCCCAACCCCAACGCCGACCCGGCCUUUGAGGGCGCGUACCACGGCGCCCUGAUGUGUGGCGCACACCGCCCGACCCAUGUGCUCUCGGUCAGCUACAGCGGCACCGAGCACUCGUGGCCCGCGAACUACAUGCGCCGCCAGUGCUUCGAGGUCAUGAAGCUAGCCCUGCAGGGGAUCACGGUCGUCGAGUCGAGUGGUGAUUUUGGCGUGGGCGGGCGCAGGUUUGACUCACGUGCUGGUUGUUUGGGUGAGGGAAGGGAUGUGUAUGCGCCAAGGACGAUGGGGAAUUGUCCGUAUGUCCUGAGUGUGGGUGCUACGGCGCUGGUGGAGGUUGGGAAGCAAGGCGGGGGGAGGUUUGCGGAGACGGCGGCGAGUGCGUUUGCGUCUGGAGGGGGGUUCUCGAAUGUCUUUCCGCGCCCGCCGUGGCAGGACAGGCAUGUCUUGGGGUACCUGCAGAGGGCGGAUCUGGAGGAGAAGGGGUAUGUGAAUGCCGCGGGGAGGAAUUAUAGUGAGAUUCGGCCCGAACCGGGGAAGCUGUUUAAUAAGGCGGGCAGGGGAUAUCCGGAUGUGGCGGCCAUCGGGGAGAACUUUCGCGUCGUGCUCAGGGGGUAUCCCAAUCGCAUGCAUGGCACGUCGGUGGCGGCGCCGAUUUGGGCGUCUAUUCUGACCCUGAUUAAUGAGGAGCGGCUGGCUGUUGGGAAGAGGCCGGUUGGGUUUGUGCAUCAGGUGCUGUACGCGCAUCCCGAAGUCUUUACCGACAUCAAGAACGGGUCAAACCCCGGGUGUGGAGGAGAAGGGUUCCCGGCCAAGGAGGGUUGGGAUCCCGUCACAGGACUAGGGACGCCGAUUUACCCCAAACUGCGCGACCUGUUCCUGAGGCUGCCGUGAACGGUUCAGUGGUUCUGAUUUGCGUGCAAGGUCGGAGGCUGUAUCUGCAUUGAUGCCGACGUAGGGAGCCAGACCUGAAUGAAAGUUGACCAUCACAUAUAUGCUAGCAAAGUCGAUACGGGAAAUUGAGGGGAAGGAAUAUGGAAGCAGAUGGAAUGCAUACACGUAGGGGUAAAACAACCGCGGACAUAACAUGGAAGCAUCACUAGUAGUAGUAUCAACGAUAUCCUGUCAACACAGAGGUACUAGC